CAGUCCCUGCCAGCGCCAUCUUGUAGACGGAAGGACUGUCCCCUCCCCUCCCUGCUCCGGCCCCCGACCUUAGGACCUCUCCUCAAAUUUGCUUUUUUUUUUUUCCCCCCCUCCCAUUUCCCGGAGGUUGGUCUCUUCCUAGCCGAGGGUUUUUGUUCAGAUGCCAUAUGGGGAAAAUAAAACAAAGUCUUUGGGGUUCGGUGAAGAGCUAACGAAUGGACCUUCCCCAAAAAAACUGAAGUCAACAAAAGAAGCUUAUGUGGUUUCCCAUGAUGGUAGUGCAGACUUUCAAGGAUUCCCUGAGAAAAGAUGGACUGAUUGGAUUCCAUUGUCCAAUGUUGGUGAUAAAGAGAAGGGUAAAACACAAAAGAACACCAAUGACACUACAGAUAUAUUGCAAAAUUUGAGUGUGUUAAGUUCUGGGAAUCAGCCAGUGGUUACUAAAUCCAAUGACUCAGAAGUCUCAAAGGUUAUGAAUUCUCCAGUAGUGUCCGGGGACAACAAUAAGGCAUCAAGACAAAAUAAUUUUGAUGAAAUAUGGAUUAAGGAACAAACCAGUAAAGCAUCUAUUAUUACCAGGAAAGAAGAGGUAGAAGAAUAUAGCACAAGCAAAGCCUUUAUAGGACCCAUCUACAAAACUCCGGAUGAAAAUAAGUGCGAUGAAAGGAAAAAUUCUAUUCGGCAUAACAGAGAAGCCAACAGAAAGAAAAAUCCAUCACCAUGUGGUAGACCUGAAAACAAACAAAAGAGUAAAUCUGAAAUCGACGAUGAAUUAUGCCAGUUUUAUAAAGAAAUCCAGCAGCUUGAAAGUGAUAAGGAAGAUUCAGAUGGCAAUAAUCAGGACUUGGAAACUUCUCAGGAACAACCUAUUCCAUAUUAUGACUAUAAUCAAAAUGACUCCUUAAUGUCUGAUGACCAAAAGAAAGACUUUCAGUGCAGUGAUAAACAGCCAUUCUGUGGUGAUAAGAAUUACUUCAAUAAUGACUCAAGUGGUUGGAGAAUGGACUAUGCCUUUAGUGGAGGAAUAGAGCCCACAGUUUGUAAUAAUUCUGCACCUCCCUUUAGGCCUGAAUGGCACCCAAUGCAGACUUUUAUAGUGCCUCAAGGCCCUCCUCCACCUUCCAAGUUCAACUGUCAUUUGCAUUUUCAAAGAUUUUCCUCGACACCCUGUCUACCAAAUACUUUCCAGGGCCAGAGUGAUAGGUUGCCUCAGAAUUAUGAUGGAGAUCAUGGAAAUAGCGGUAUUAUGAAUUGGGCCUAUCCAUUACUUGAUCACAGUAGUAAGUAUCCUGAUCAUAAUGGGAGUAGCCGGAGCACUCUGGCCUCUAGAAAUGGCUACGGUGAUCAAGGUGGACAAGUAAAUAAUGGUUUCUGUGAAACCAGAGAAGAACGUUGGUCCCAAGCUAUGUAUAGGACAGAUGAUACAGAUAGAUUUACAUGCCAUCAGUUUCCAGAGGAAAAACUCAAGAGGCUGCAGAAGUUACUGAUCCUUUUAAGAGGCCUACCUGGCUCAGGAAAGACAACCCUAUCUCGAGUUCUGCUUGGUCAGAGUCGUGAUGGGAUUGUGUUCAGCACGGAUGAUUAUUUCCGUCAACAAGAUGGCUAUAUGUAUAAUGUGAGCCUCCUUGGUGAUGCACAUGACUGGAACCAGAAUAGAGCCAAGCAAGCUAUCGAUCAGGGAAGAUCUCCAGUUAUAAUAGACAAUACAAAUACUCAAGCUUGGGAAAUGAAACCGUAUGUGGAAAUGGCCAUAGGAAAAGGAUAUAGAGUGGAGUUCCAUGAACCUGAAACAUGGUGGAAAUUUGAUCCUGAGGAAUUAGAAAAGAGGAAUAAGCAUGGGGUGCCUCGUGAGAAGAUUGCUCAGAUGUUGGAUCGUUAUGAAUUUCAAAUGUCCAUAUCAAUCGUAAUGAAUUCAGUGGAACCUCCUCAUAAAAGCACCCAAAGGCCUCCUCCUCUGCAACGAAGAUUGAGAGAAGAUUUGAAGAAGAAAACUGGGCAUAAACUGAGUAAAGCCAAACAGAGGAGAAAUAGAAGAAGAAAUAGAAAACUGAAGAAUGACAGUAAAAUUCUGGAGAAAAGGCCAGAUGAUACUUUAAGUCAUCUUGCACCAGAGGACCAGGACACAUCAGAGAGUGAAGAGGAAGACUCAGAAGAAGAGGGUAAAGUUGGAGACCCAGGACAGACUUUAAUAAUUUCUGAAAAUCGCUGCAGCUGGGCAAGGGACUCAUCCCAAAAACCUGACUUGGAAAAAGAAACCUUCCCAAAUGUCUUCUCAGAGAUUUCUGUAGCACUGUCAGGACCACCAAAGAGUCAUUCACUUGGAGAAAGCAGUAAUCUGUUUCUUGUAAAUAUGACCUCUAGCCAGAGUAAAAAAUUGUACACUCAUGCAUUUGAGCAACAGAUAAUGGAUCAGAACCCAAAUCUUGUAGGAAACCGAACUAAUUCCUGUACAGGGAAUGAUCGGCGCUCCGGUAUGAAAGCAGAAAACUGUAUUGAAGUGAGUCACACAAUGGUGUUAGACAUUUGUGACAGAUUUGUUUCUGCUAAGACGACAUAUGUACUCAAGGAGGAAAGUGCCAUAAUUAGUGAAAAUCACAAGAAAAAGGAAGCCUUGUCUAAUCAUUGUAGAUCUGUUUCAGAUAGUUUUAAAGGUGAACAUAAAUCCAGUCCAAAUAAAACAAAUAGUUGGGCCUUUUUUUCAACUUGUUCACCUGAUGAACGAAUGCAGUUGGGCUCUGGAAGCAAUGCCCUAUUGGGGAGCUGGCCAGAGGGUCCUCACAAGUUCGUCUGUGAGCAGAGACAAAGGAAAGGCAGGCAGCCCAAAGGAGCCUGUUCGGACAGCACUGUGGGACGGAUUGAAUUGGUCUGCCAUUCGAAAGCAGCAGAAGGAACCAGUCCACAAACACUGAGAGAGAAUGACUGUCAUUUAUGGGAGGAAGAUCUGUCGCUUCCCAAUACUGAAAAGACACAUAUGAUUCCAGUCAUCGAAACAGGAGGGAAUGUUCUCAGAAACCACUUUGCUCUGCAGACGCAGACAUCAGUUGCAACGGAGAAAAAAGGGAGACCCAGAAGGAUUUUCAACCUGGCUCCAAACUUUCAUCUCCCUAGACUGACUGCAAUUCUUAUAAAAGAGAGGGACAAGGAUACACUCUUAACCAACAGCCGCUGGUUGGAAAAUAUUGUGGAAACAGAAAAGAGCAGUCUUCCUGAGGUGGACCAUGAAAAGGGGAAUGAGCAAGGACCCUUAGUAGCCUAUAAUCAGCCACCCCAGUAUUAUCACGAUCCGCUUGAAAUUGCUUCAUCUCGCUCUGGUGUCAAACCUCAUUCUCACAUUAUCUUGCUGAGAUCUCCUGGGUGUCUUUCUGAAAAAUUUCUUCCUCCACUGCUGCACUGUACCUCUAGUUUAUUGAAGGUUUCUUUCAUUCGUGAGAAACAACUUCUGCCCUUGAAGCUGCAGGCCGUCGGGGGAAAUAAACAGAAAGGAAGGGAACUAACUUCAGAGAUUUUCAAGAGUGAGCCUGAUAUUUUGUCCUCAGUUAGAGUCACAUCUGAGUAUCCUACUCAUUUUAAUGUCUUUUCGGGAGGUUUGAGUGAAAAGCUGCCCAAGAGGAACAAACCAGAGCCAUUGCAAUCUUUACAAAUGGAAGACAAUCAAGAUUCGAUAAAUCCUACACCCGAUUCCAUUGCCCUACCCUUAUCCCUGGGAUUUGCUCUCCAACUUGUAGGGCUGUUUGGAUCUCCUGGAGUUCCCAUAGAGUCGUUGCUGCCGGAUGACUUCACAGUUCCCCUUGACUGGAAAACCCUGAAGAUGAUCCAUUUGCAGUGGAAGAAUUCAGUAGAGGAACGGCAGAAAAAGAUUAGCCAGCAGAGCAAGAAGUCCUUAAUUUCUGAUCUUUCCAGACUCAGGGCUGCAGAUAAGCCUGACCACCAGGAGGAACAAGAAUAUUCCAAAAGGAGCCUGCCAAAAGGGGACAGAGAGGACAGUUUUCCGGUGAAUACCCGUGCUGAUUGGGUUUCCAUGUCAAACCGAUCAUAAUGGACGAUCUUUAUAAAGACUUGCAUCCAGAAAGAAGAUCUGUCUCAUUUUUGGCACCUCCCAGACCGGAAGGACCCGGAAAGGCCUCGGUUUCCAACUAAGGGGAAAAUGGAUUGGCAGGAUUGAAUUCAAACCCCCGGUCCUUUUGACAGUCCCCUUUUUGCUCUGAUUCCUCUGCCCCAACUUCCCUGUUUCUCCUUCCUGUUAAGCAAUAAAAAGCAAAAGAAAAUGGAAA